AUGGUUAUGGGCGAUUUCACCGCCCAGGCCAUUCCGGAGGUCGCGGUGUCGAUUCAGCCAGAGAAUCAGGGUGGAGAACAAUCUGAGGUCGUUUCGAUAGAUGUGGGGAACGCCAAUGUUGGGCAUGAGUACUGCACAGAUCAAUCUACCUCGACAAGCUUAUCAGACGACGCACCAAGUCACGAAGUCGACUCCGAUCUUGUCGAAGCCGAGACCCGCGGCGUCAACUACCUCACCUUCCUAAGAUGCCUCAGACGAAAUCGCUUGUUGUCAUUCGAAGCUCGAUCCACACACCUGAUCAAUGUGAUGGACAAGCUGGAGGAAAAUGAAGAUUAUCAGAGCAAACUCGACGCAUGGGCAGAGGCGGCUGGGAGGAUGAACAGUGAGAAGCAGUUUGUGGCGUUUGCGAAUGUUCUCAUGAGCAAGAUACGGCCGGAUACAAAGCAUAAAUUUAUCGCAAUUGGUUCCAACCGGUCACUUCAAGAAGAUCAGACCGUCACGAAGCCGCAUGCAGCCAUGGUCAUGGGCGACAUCGACAUCAACGAGAUCAACCCCGAACGCAUGGAACUUGUGGUCCUGUUACAACCAGGAAAUACGGAGGGAAGGGACACAACGAAUGUCGGUGUCCGAGAUCUCGAGACCGGACGUGCCUCGAUAUCAGUACGAUCGCCUGCGCAAGCAACCCCGCAACUUGGACAUUUCGAGAACUCGUCCGCGACUUUACCUUCCAGUCGCAAGCGGGAUCGCUCAGGAGGUGAUAUUAUGCCAAACAAGCGGCGUCGGCCGAACCUCAUUCCUCAUCCUUCCCCAUCCACCAACCCCGAGACUGAGCUUGCAAGCUACGUUGUCCAAGCGCUGAGCGAUGGCUACGCUCGACACUUCAUCUUCAUGAUGUGCCUCACUGGUCAUUAUUUGACCAUGUAUCUCUUCACCCGCGAACGUGUCCUGGUAUCGACAUCAAUCGACACCAUAAAGAACCUUGGGAUCUUCAUGCUCCUCCUUGACCUACUGGCCGAGUCAACUCCCGAAGAGCUCGGAUAUUGUACACUUUGUCCAGUAUUAGACGACCAUGCCAACUCAAAUGCUCGGAUUGUUCCAACUCAAUGGACGAAGUUUGACGAUGCAUUAUCCACAGAAAUUUCACCAAACACCAUACAAGUCACAGUCGAGCCGGGCCGGCAGAAAAAGUACUCACUCGGCAGCAAUGGGACUUCCCUGCAGAGAUGCUCGGUGGACGGUUUGAAUGUUGUCACGUGUAUCAAGAUGGGGUUUCAGCAGCGAUACUUGGAAAAUGAGUGGGAAAUGGUGUGGGAAGGCACCACAGCUGGAAUCGGGGAAGGCCUGCCUCACGUCAUCGCUACGUGUACCGUCCAAAUCGACCACUUUACCAACGUGGUGAGCGGAUCCUUCGAAACGCGUGAGCUACGGAUGGCGAUUGUACAAGAGUAUGCGCCGCUCCCGGAAGAGCCGAGCGGUGAUCAAGUCAGGGCCAUCUUAGGGCCUGUCUUCCGUUGUAUGGACGAAAUGCGAAGUCGUGCGAGGAUCGUAAUUCGAGAUUUGUCUCUAGACAACAUCAAAUGUCUUUAUACCGGCACCGCUCUUUCGGGCGUCAUCGUCGACUGGGACUAUAGCGGUCGCCUUCACCCCCAAGGCGACGUAAUGACGGGACCAACCGCGAAACAAUGGACAGGAACGGAGAUCUUCAUGGCGAUCGAGCUGUUAGAGAUGUCCAGCAAGAGGACCCCUGACGGCAUGCCGUUUCAAGGCCACGAACUACAAUACGCUGACGAAAGCAAGUAUUGGGUUCUCGUCGAUCUCGUUUUCGUCGGCGGACUGGAGGGCCUGGCACUGACGAUAGGAAGACGAUUGCUGCGAAGAAGCUCGACCAUCUGA